AUUGUAAUAUCCCCCCCCCCCCCUCCUCUCCACUCCCUGACAGACGGCCGGUCCUCUACAGUCCAUAUGGGUCGUUCCCUGGCAGUAGACCUGUCCAGUUCCCUGACCCCUCUGACCAGAGAGCGUAAGUCGUCCUGCCCCAGUCCACUCUUCCCAGCCCGUCCUGUUCACCUUCGACGUCCCGGUCCGCCACGGCGGGUCGCACAGUCAACACGGUAACCACGGUUUUGAUUCGAUUUGAUUUAAAAUAACAUUUAAACACACAAUUCAACCACACGUGGACACGAUGCAUUUAAAAUCACUGAGGGAUAAUAAAAAAUAAAAAUAAAAAGUUGAGAAGUGAUUUUCCAUUGUGGUCCUCUUGUUGCAGGGUAACCACGACAACCACGGUGGCUCCCUGUCCAACAGCGCUCCGCAGGACUACCUUCUACUACAUCAGUGCAUGAGCAGGAAGACUGAGAGCGCACGGUAA